AAAAAAAUUAAAAGUCGAAAGCUACGAAGGCCAACGGCAGCAUCCGCAUCGUAUAUAAGAUGCUCGUCUGCUCACAGAUCACAUCACUCUCCUUCAACGGUCGAGACUGCAAAGAUGAUGAAGUUCCUGUGGUUGCUGAUUGUGGUCGUGGCCCUCGUGGCUGCCGACGAUAGCAGCGACGACGACAACGCUGACGGAGUCCAGGGGCGCACUGGCGCUGCUGCUGGAGCCUCUGGGGACAAGAGGUUCUUCGGACUCGGUGGCCUGCCCAUUGGAGGAGGAUUCGGAUUCCAGGGGGGACUGGGAUUCGGAGGGGGACUUGGAGGUGGUUUUGGCCUCGGAGGGGGACUUGGAGGUGGAUUCCCCAUCGGAGGGGGACUUGGUGGACUUGGCGUCGGUUGCCGCUACUGGUGCCCAGCCAUCUACGGUCAAUACCUCUGCUGCGACCAUCUCAACCCAAACAACUUCCUAUUUUUCGAUGAAGCUAGAGGGGAAAGACGCAAGAAUCUGAGUCCAUUACUGGAAGCACAGUUCUAUCUGGACCGUGACUGGAAGAAACCUCAGGACUUGACUAAAGAUGACGACGUAAUCUUUACUUUGAGCUUGGUCCUCUCGGUCUCACAGGAAGUUGUUGGGGUUGAGAUGGUCGCAGCAGAGGUACUGACCGUAGAUGGCCGGGCACCAGUAGCGGCAACCGACGCCAAGUCCACCAAGUCCCCCUCCGAUGGGGAAUCCACCUCCAAGUCCUCCUCCGAGGCCAAAUCCACCUCCAAGUCCCCCUCCGAAUCCCAGUCCCCCCUGGAAUCCGAAUCCUCCUCCAAUGGGCAGGCCGCCGAGUCCGAAGAACCUCUUGUCCCCAGAGGCUCCAGCAGCAGCGCCAGUGCGCCCCUGGACUCCGUCAGCGUUGUCGUCGUCGCUGCUAUCGUCGGCAGCCACGAAGGCCACGACCACAAUCAGCAACCACAGGAACUUCAUCAUCUGAAAUCCUCCAACGGGACCGAUUCCACCACCGAAACCACCGCUAAAACCACCGCUAAAUCCACCGCCAAAACCGCCGCCGAAGCCGUCGUCGAAGAAUUUCUGGGAGCCUGGACGACCUCGCCCUGUGCGGCCUUCGACGCCGCUGGCACCAGCGUCGUCGUCCCCAUGAUCAUCAUCAGACUGAGAAGGGGAGCUGCUAUCGUCUGCAGCCACAAGGGCCAAGACGGCAAUCAGCAACCACAGCACUCACAUCAAGAUAUUUUCACAAUGGUGCUCACAAAUUACGAACGAGGGUAUCGUUCUACUACAAAUCUGUUAACGGCCAAAGCCCUGAGGAGGCUUGCAAACGUGCUCUUGCAAGCAGGUGUCGAAGCAGCACUUGUCAACGCCGCCGCAGGACCCAUCGUUGGAGCAAGUGACGGGGGGCUGGAAGCUCCUGACGGGUGGGCAGGCGGGGCGGACAGGUGGGCAGAAUCCAGGCUUCACUCCAACGAAGCUCUGAGGCUGGUUGAUGUUUUCACAGCAGUAAGCCUGCCCCUGGGGAGUCCUGCACCAGUAGCGGCAAGAUUACCACCGAAUCCUGGAUUAACGGAAAACCCUCCUCCGAAACCAGACUGCAAUCCGCCCAGUCCUGUAGUGACACCGAAGGAGUUUCCGAAACCUCCAGUUGGUGGAAUUGGUGCAACAAUAGCGGGACUUACUGCAACGGGGCCUCCAAAGCCUCCUGGACCUCCAAAGCCUCCUGGACCUCCAAAGCCUCCUGGACCUCCAAGGCCUCCUGGACCUCCAAAGCCUCCUGGACCUCCAAAGCCUCCAGCGCCUCCGAGGAAUCUCGUGUUUGCUUCGCCGUCACCUGCUGGUUUGUCACCUGCUGCUGGUUUACUUCCAGUGCGCCCCUCCACGGACGUUGGCACACAACUGAUUCUACCCGACUACGAAAUAUCACCCGUGCAAAAGAUGAGGUUAGUGUGGCUGGUCACUGCAGUUCUGGUGCUCUGGGCAUCAGAAGGCAGGUCAUCUCCAUUUGCCUUUUCCAACAACGAGGACCACGGAGAUAACACCAACCACAAUGGCGGACUUUUGCUGGGUGACAACACAGGUAGUUUCAACCUUGCGUCGGAAAACGAAGAAAACGAAAAUGGCCAGGCAGAAGAAAAUGGCGACGGUAAUGAAAAUGAAUUUGGCGAGGGAAAUGAAACAGAGCAGAGCCAACAUGAGAAGUAUGAAAACGAAGGAGGCGACAAUAACGGUGCCGGCCGGGAGAAUGAAGAGGGCUUGGACGGUAGUCGAAGGAAAUUUGGAAGCAAAGGCACCGAUGAAGAAAAUGCCGAUGAAAGAAGAAAAGGAAAAGAAUCCACUGCUGACGGUCAUGAAAAUGGUCAUGAGAGGGAAGGCAAUGAAAUGAACAAUGGUGAAAACGAACAGGUUGGUGGUGCUACCCAGGGAAUAACAAGUGUAAACAGGGUGGGACAGCAAAGUUCUAGCGCCACCUGGCAAGGUGCUACUGCUGGCAACAGACAUGACCAACAAAAUGUAUACAACAACGGGUUAAGUCAGCAACACGUCAGUGGACAGCAUAAUGAAAAUGGUGCAAUUUUCUCCAAUGGAAAUGUUAAUCAUGCAAUUCAGUCCAACUAUAAUGGCCAGCAUGAAAUUCACUCAGUUCAAAGUAAAGAUCGUGCAAGUCAUGUAAAAGUUGAUACGGUUCAAGCCAACAGUGAUGGUCCUCGAGUAAAUCAAGCCACUUCUAAUGCUAACCAUGAAGUUCAAGCCCCUCAUGGUCAUCAUGCAAUCUACGCAAUUGCUAGUGUUGAUCGUUCAGGUCAGCCUACUGCUUCUGUUAGCAGAGUAGGUCACGCUAACCCUAAUGUUCAUCUUUCAAUUCAAGGUCAACAUAAUGGUAUUCAUGUUACUCAGGGCAAUUCCAAUGGUUACCAAGCAAUCCAAGCAUUGAACAAUAGUCAUCAUACACUUCCCGUCAGUGUUAAUGGGCAUCAUGCAAUUCACUUCAAUAACAAUGGUCAUAAAGACAUUACAGUCAAUGCUAAUAGCCAUCAUACAAUUCAGUCCAAUGCUAAUAAUCAACGAGCAAUUCAGAAAACUGAUGCCAGUCAUGCAGGCCAUCAAACCAUUUUGGGUAAUUUUAAUGAUGACAGUCGUGUAACUGAUAAUGGUGUGAGCAAGUUAGUUAAUCAUGAUAAUGGUGCACAUCAGGAAACUGUCACUGGUCAUCAAACAAUUCCUGCUAGCGGUAACAGGCAUCAUGCAAUUCAGGCAAAUGUUAAUGUUCGUCGUCUUGGCCAUCCAAAUACAAAUGUUCAUCAUGCAAUUCAGGCAAAUGUUAAUGUUAAUCGUGUUGGCAAUCCAAGCACUAAUGUUCAACAUGCCAUUCACUCCAAUAACAAUGGUCAUAAAACUAUCAAAGUCAACAGUAAUGGCCAUAAUCAUCAAGCAAGUCAGCAAAAUGAUGCUAGCCAAGCAAGCCAAGGCAACAUUUUUGGUCACUUCAAUGGUCUGAGCCAGUUAACUUCUGGUAAUACUGGCGCACACCAAGAAACUGCUAUUGGUCAUCAUACAAAUCAGGCCAAGGCUAAUGGGCAUCAUGGAAUUCAGACGCCUGCUAGUGUUAAUCGUGCAGGCCAUGCCGCUACUAAUGACCAUAAUGCAAUUUCCUCCAAUAAUGAUGGUCGUAAACAAAUUAAAGUCAAUGGGUCAACUGGUAAUAUCAAUGGUGUUGGUCAGGUAGCUACUGGUAGUGGUGUCAGCCAGUUAACUGCCACCGUUAAUGGGCCAAGCAAAGCAACUGCUGAUGUUAAACAUUCAGGGCAAGUAACUAAGGAUAAUAAUGGCAAUAGCCAAGCACAUUUUAAUGUUGCCACAGGAACUGCCACUGUUAAUGGGCCAAGUAAAGCAACUGCUGAUGUUAAACUUUCAGGCCAAGUAACUAAGGAUAAUAAUGGUAACAGCCAAGCACAUUUUAAUGUUGCCACAGGAACUGCUUCUGCUAAUGGGCCAAGCAAAGCAACGGCUGAUUUUAAACAUUCAGGCCAAGUAACUAAGGAUAAUAAUGGCAACAGCCAAGCACAUUUUAAUGUUGCCACAGGAACUGCCACUGUUAAUGGGCCAAGUCAAGCAACUGCUGAUGUUAAAAAUUCAGGCCAAGUAACUAGGGAUAAUAAUGGCAAUAGCCAGACACAUCUUAAUGUUGCCCAAGCACCUGCUGCCAAUAAUGGUGCAGGUCAGGCAAAUGUAGAUAACAAUGGCGAGGGCAAAAUUAAAGCCGGCACACAAGCUGAGGGGAGAACGAGAGGAACGGCCAACCAAAGAUUCUUCAACAUCCCGCUCUCCUUUGGUUCUGUAGGUGGAAUUGGUGGACUUGGCGACAUAGCACUCGGUCUUCCUGCUAUUGGUGGUAUUGGUGCUGUUAGGCCACCAAGUGACUGCCGCUAUUGGUGCAGGACGCCCCAAGGUCAGGCUUACUGCUGUGAGAGUGCCCAUGAGCCACAGAGCUUUGCUGGAGUAAUCAAACCUGGAAUCUGUCCACCCGUCCGCCCCGUCUGCCCACCUGUCAGGAGCUUCCAGCCACCUGCACCCUGCUCCAAUGAUGGUGCCUGUGGUGGUGUUGACAAGUGCUGCUUUGACACCUGUCUGCAACAGCAUGUUUGCAAACCCCCUCUUGGAUUUGGACGGUAGUUCUGCUUCAUUCAUUUGAACACAUUAAGUUUUGUUUGUAAAUAUCCAAUUAAAGCUGAAAGAAGCCUAAUGAUAAGUGCAGUGUGACGCAAGUAUAUUUUGUAAAAAGCCUAAACUGUAAAAUAUAUUUUAAAGACUUUCCACAA